AUGGCGGUGGUGGACGUGGAGGAGCGGAAGCGCGCGUUGGCGGCGCGUCUGGAGGCGCUGGAGACGGACCACGCGGGGCAGGACGUGGGCGAGGACAGCGACGACGAGGAGUUCGAGGUGAGCGAGGAGGAGGACGACGACGGGACGCGGCAGCCGAAGAAGCAGAAGGGCAAGGGGAAGCGGCGGACGACGCGCGGGCAGCUCGACCGGAAGGGCGCGCGCACGCUGCAGGCGCUGCUGGAGGAGCAGGAGGCGGGGGGGGGUUCAGGGCCGGGGUACUUGGACGCCGCGGUGGGCCCGCCGCGGUACCGCAGCCCGCGGCGGCUGUGCAGCGUGUGCGGGCAGCUCGCGCCGUACAGCUGCACGCGGUGCGGCGCGCGGUUCUGCAGCCGGCGGUGUUCCGGCGUGCACGCGGACACGCGCUGCCUGAAGUUCGUGGGCUGA